AUGGAACCCGAGCCUAAAGCACCGCCAAGAACCACCAUCAGGGGGCAGCAUGCAUAUCUUCCCCCGGAGCUGAUUCUGCAGGCCAUGGACUGCCUCGUCCCGUGCGGGCGGCACGUCAUCCUGCCUCCCAAACACAUCAUCACCAAGACCCUGGUGGCACUGACGACGGUCUCCCGCGCGACCUACACGCACGCCUCCCGACUUCUCCGCCAGCACUGCGUACACAUUGACUCGAGCCAGCGUCUUGCCACGUAUCUGCUCUGCGUCCCGCGCAUGGUACCGACCUUGCCGCCGGUCCUCUCCCUUGGAAACGUCACGAGCCUCUACCUUGGGCUGUUCGGGGCCCCCCUGGACGAUCAGCCGACGGCCGAAUGUGUGCGCGAGCUCCUCUGCGAGGUGAGCGAUUCUCUCCGCCGGCUGGUGGUCCACAUGCAGUUUUCCAGCCUCGACCCUCUCGAAGACCAUGUCAGCGUGCGGCGGACGCUGCGCGAGGGCUUCGAGCAGCUCACCAAGGUGGAAGAGUUUACGUGUCUGGCCGAGUAUCCGGCGCUGAGCGUGCCCGAGGCGCACACGGACGUAUGGCGUCUGUGGCCGGACCUCAAGCGCCUCACGCUGUUUGGCGUGCCGCUCGACAACCACUGGCUCUGGUGGGAUAUAGCUACGCUCCCGGAAUUGCGGCACGUGGUGUUGGCGCAGCCGCAGAGGGUGGACGUGGCGGACAUCAAGGACGAGUAUUUCCACAAGCUGCCCCGGGACGACCCGCGUCUGGGGAGGAUGAUGCGCAUCGUGCUGCUGGACGCGGCGUACAAGAUUGGGACGGUGAGGACGGCGAGGUGGAGCGAGGUUGAUCCGGAGGGCAAGAUGGAGGUGGAAACGUACGAGGUCCCGAGGCCGUUUUACGGGGACGAGAGUGACGGGGAGCUGGUCACGGAGUGGGUGAGGAGGGGGGCUUUGGACGGCACAUUGUGGGAGUGGAAGGGGGACAGGGUGGCUUGA